AUGUCUGACACAUCUGAAAAGACUGCUCGAGAGCUCCUUACCGAACUUCAAGCCUUGUUCGAGAAAUUAAAUGAUGCUCGACGACGAGGAGAUACGGCGACAUCCAGAACACUCGAACCCCAAGCGGUUGCACUGAUGCGCCGCAUCGGCGAUGCUUGCCCAAGCGAGUCUGGGAAACAACAUUGGUACGAUAGGGCCCAGGCCUUGCAGAACAGUAGCGAGGAAGAAAAGGAGCACGUUAUGUUGGCUAUUGCGAAGGGGUUGGGCAUUAUUCUACUAACACCAUUCGUAUUGGUUGGUGGUAUCGUUGGUGGUGCGGUCUUCGCGGCCGGGAAGGGUGUUCACGACCUCGGCUCUCGAUUGACAACGCCCAAGCCAAGAGAUCGAUAG